UCAGUCUCUCUUCUCUUGCACACUCCAGCUGUAUUCACGAUCAACGGCCCCGGGUCGAUCAUCAUCGCGAGAUCAACGAAUCGACGGUCCGCGUUUUUCCAAUGUCAGUGUCCGCUCAGCCCCGCCUCGAAAUACCACACCAUCAAUCAGAUGCUCUCAUCACUCUCCCUCUCUGACUUCUCUGCAACUCUUUCACUCUCUCGCUCUUUCUCUGUGGAAAUUUAGGGUUUCUUUACUAGUUCACACUCCGCUCUGAUCUCCUCUGCCUGUUGUAUACAUAGCUGUGGAAGGACAUUUCUGUGAUUGAUCCCGGAGACUGUUUGUUUUGAGGUUUUUGGCGGCUUUCAUGGAGGAAGGAUAGGGUUCUGAGAGCUCAGAGAGAUGGAAAAUUCGUGGCAGAUCAAAUGUGGUUCAUCGUCGACGCCUUCUAUGGCUCCGUCGUCGUCGCCGCUUGAGCCUCGGGAUCAGAUGAACACAGGAUUCCAUUCUUAUCCGCAUGUUGGAUCAGAUUUAAGAUCAAUGAUGCUUGGAAGGAUGGAAGAUCCCUUUUGCUCCAACAGUUUGAAUUUUAGUAUCCAUAGGUCUGGCUGUGCAGAUCUAGGGAAUUCGUUUCUGGCUCUCCUUUCGGGGCCACCAUCGCUAUUGCAGUGUGAUUUUCAGGAAUUAUCAUAUCCAAAAGCAUCUGGUUCCUGUGGUAAGCUUCCUUCUAAUGGUACCAGUGUCACUGCAAAUGCCUUUGGAAGUGAUAUUCCACUGACAUCCAGUGGUCUACUAUCAGAAAAUCUAGGCAACCAAAAUCCUCGAAAUGGGGCAGAUUUUUGUCCAGUUGUUUCAUCCAGGGCAGUGUUGAGUUCCAAUUGUAGUGGCAAUUCUGUUUUGCAUGAUCUUCAGGGAUCGGACUUGGCUAAGGCAGUUAUCAGUCACAUAGUUCCUGGUAGUGAGAAAGUGAAGGGUCCUUAUUUGAGUGGGGGAUGGCAUAGUACAAGCGCUGUAAAGCCCAACAGCAUGAAUGUUCAAAGCUCACAGAAAAUGCCUUUAGAAGCAAACUCUUCCAUAUCUAAGCAGUCAUCUACUUUCAUGAGUGGAUGCCCGCGAGUGUUUUGCUUGGAUACAACUGGGUAUCUGCUUCUCAGCAAUACGGGACUUCUUGGUAUUGUUUGCUUGUGCCAUUGCUUCCACAUGUCUGUCUCUAAAUUUUGUGAGCAUUCAGGAUUAUGUGAUGUUAACCCUGGGGAUGUUGUUCAUAUGGACAGUGGAGAGACCAUUGCUCAGUGGCGUAAGCUGUACUUUCAGAAAUUUAGGAUUAGGGUUCCGGAAGAUCAGAGUGAGUGGGACUGGCCUGAAGGAUUAUCAGUGACUGCCGGCUUUGUCAAAUCUAGAGCGGCUAAUCCCAACUUGUGCAAAAGCUCUGACGCGUCUCAUCGGGUUGGUUCAACUGGAGGUCUAGUAAGGUCUAGACAGCCUUUAGACCAUGUUCACUUUCCAAAGAACCCUCAUACAGACCAGAAGUUGCUUAUUGAUGCUUUGCAAAAUGAAAAACAGAGGAAUUUUCAGGAUGUUGACAACUUUCUUCUCAAGAGCUCUGUUGGCACUUCAUGGAGAAAUUUGCAUGCUGCAGUGGAUAACCAGAUGAUGGAGUGCCCUAUAUCUAGGUGCUCAACAACGCAAAAGUUUGUUGGUACAGGAGUGGACAAUGGUUGUCAGUCCAUUUCUGCUUACAUUGAUGGUAUCAUGAAGAAUGGAAAUCCAUCCACCUCCUUCUCUACUUUGCAGAAUGUAAAAGACCCUAGUAAAGAUUCUGAUGUUAGCAAAACAAAAAAUGAAAAAGAUAGUGUGAUUGUGGGCAGGGAUGCUACUUCUUCAAACAUUGAGUUGAGACUUGGGCAGCCAUAUCAGCCUAGUCGGACUUCAGGAAACUCAAUUCUACCCGUCAUAGGACCACAGCUAUUUGACAAACUUGGAAAUCCACCGAAGUCAUGCUUCCCAAGGCAGAUGAUUCAUAAUGCAGCCAGCUACAGGGAAGAGGAUUAUAAGCAAUAUCAUCACUGUGCUGCUGACCCCUUUAAUUCGAGCAUAGAAAGAGAACCAAGCCAGUUGAACCUUGGGAACCAUGCAUUUGGAAUCAGUCAUGCUAUAGAUGCUGCUAGACUAGAGAAUUUCAAAAGCAAUGUGGCCAAGAGUUCUGUAGUUUCGCCACUUACUGACUUUAAUAAUCCAGCUGACAAUGUACACUCUAAAGCUAAAGUUAAUAUGGUAAAUGGCAGCGAGCAUAUGAUGCACAAUACACUACAUCGUUCAUCUCAUGGUGUUGAGUGUGAUCCAUUGACUGUCUGCUGGAAUGGUGGUAAUUGUUUAGAGAGGCAAUUGAAUAUUUCUGAGUUGAAUUCCCUUAGACUUGCAGACAAGGGUAAGGGGGUGGGAUGCGUUGCUGAUGCUUCCUAUGUUGCAACUGAUACAGGAUUUGGAAAUCAUAAGCAGGUGCCUUAUUCAGUUUUAGGUGGAAGCAGUGAGUCAGCUGUGAAUGAUAAGAGCCGUCAUUUACAUCAGUUGUCUAGUGUACCAUCAGAUGCAUCUGAUGCCAGAAACUUAUUUAGCUAUGUUGAGAAGGAUCCUUGUCUUGGAAGUAGUGGACAAUGUGAUCAUGUUCUUAGAUCAAAUUUGCCAUUGCAAGGAGUCUCAAUGGGCUUUCCUUUGGUAACUUCAACGUCUACUCCGGAUACUACUCGAGCUUUGUUGAAACAGGAGGGCACUAGUGUAAGUCCUUAUUUGCUUGAUGAGAAUCUGAGAUUGCUUGCAUUGCGGCAAAUAAUGGAGUUAUCGAAGCAACAACAUGCAUUAUCUUCUAUAAUAAACCAAGAGCGAGGUAAAUACGGUAACUCUUCUAAUGUACAGCAUUCUAUUGUUGACCCUUCAACUUCUCUAGAGCAAAGGCAUGGACCUGAUUUUACCGGUAAACAAGAAGUUUCUGAAGCCACCAUGAAUUUGCUCCAAUCUGCUCCUACUUUCAGGGGAAGUGAUGCUAUUAAAAAAUUGCCUUCUGUGACAGGUCUGUACGACUGUUGCAACAUCUCAACAUUUACACCUGGAAUUCCAUUUCAUCCGGAAGGAAUUAGUCUGCUGUCUGAACUUUCUGAUGAUCCUAUUCAAAAUGAGCAGCCCCCAUUAAGAUUUGGCAGAAGUGAUAACAGUGUAAGCAGACCAAGUGAGCAUGAAAUAUGCUGUCAGAGAGUUCCAUAUACAUACUAUCCGGGCAAGUGCAGCUGUGAAGCCCGUACAAAUUACUUGGGAAGAAAUGUUGAUCCAAAAGUUGGAAGCUCUCUCAAUGCUUUCAAGGAACAGAUGGGAACUGGCAGUGGUGAAGCCUCAAUGAUCUUGACUUCCAGAUUUGUUAAAGAUCCUUUUCUGGUAAUGGAUACGAGUAUUGCCUUAGAUGAAAGUGGAAAGUUGAAUGGGAAACAUGAUAAGAACAUUGUCUGUCAUACUUCUCAGUGGAGAGACGUGCCAACCAAGGUGAAAGCGGUUUGUGAUGCUACAGUUGUAGCCCGAUUGGCUAAUGUGUUUGAUCGAAGAGAGCUUGAUGGCUGUCAACGUGUAGAUGCUUCUACUAAGUACUUCAAUGGAGCAAUGCAGAUAGCCGACUCCUUGAAAGACCAAGAAAAUUCAAAUGUUUCUUCGGGAUGUUCUGCCCCUGCUAUUACUCAGGUAUCCAGUGAGGUUAACAAUAUAGACUUUUCUACGGUUGAUGCUGGGGAUACUGGAGAUGUAAGCAACCAUAUAGUUGAUGAAGGAUCAGGCAUUGAUAAAUGCUGGUCAUCGGAUGAUGCACUUGGAAGUGAAAGAAGUGCCGAGUUCCUUGGCUCUUCUUGUAAUAUUAAAUUGAGAAAAGCAGGAUCUUCCCAUAUUGUAAAUAAUGAAUCUCGUAGUCUUCUUGACGAGCUUAAGCUCAUAGAUUCCUUGACAUGGAAGAAAAGCCGAAAUCAAAUCCAUAGUGGGCAUCAAAUCCAUACUGGGCUUGCCAUUUGUGGAAAAAGUAAUACAUCACAAAAAACUGAGAGUGGCUUGAAAAUAGGGAAGAGAAAGAAGGCAAUAAAAUUGAAGAUGCUGAGCACAUCAUUUGUCUCUGCGGGACCUUCUCUACUACCUAAUGAAAAUCCCAAAUGUGUUUCCACUGCUGAGUUGCCCACCUGCUCAUCCAAAGAUGGCCAGGGGACAUGCCAUACUUCUGGCGCUUGUCUUAUUCAACUUAGUUCUAAAAGUAGAUUGUCUUCAGCCAAAACAUCUUCUCGUAAAAGAGGAGUGAGGGAAGGUGAUUAUCAGACAGACCUAAAUUAUGAUACUGACUUUGGUAGAAACCCUGAAGUUUCAGGAAGAAAGAAGUUGAGAAGAGAUUUUGCUUCUGAUGCCUUCAGGGAAUUCCAGAUACAAGAACCGACUCAUGAAGAUGCUGAAAAAACUGACAAUUCAGUAGGUUGUAUAAGGACAUCUUCUAGUCCACAAGUUAAUGUGUGUUAUUUGAAGGCAAGACCUGUAGUAUGUGGGAAAUAUGGUGAAAUAUCUUGUGGAAAAGAUGUGUCAAAGCCAGCAAAAAUUGUUCCUCUCAGCAGGAUUCUUAAAACUGCCAGCAGAUGCACUCUCCCCAAAAGUUGCAAACCUAGACUGACUUCAAUGAGGGAUUUGAAAAAGACAAACUCUACUUUAAUUGAUUUAGCCUGUGCUAAAUUGACUGGUUUGAAGAAUGAAGAAGACAAUGGAAGUUGUGAUGUUACAAUUUGUGAUAAAAUGAAUCGUGACUCUUCUAUGGAAGAAACAUACAAGGCAUGGUGCAGUGAUAAGCAAUUUGCUAAAAAGUUGUCUGUUUUGGAGAAAGAGAGAGAUGAUAAAAGUGAGAAAGAUCGUAGUAUUCUAGACGGCAAUAUUCCUGCUCAGUUGAAGCUCAAGUGUAAGGAAAUUCGCAAGCGCAGCAUUUAUGAGCUGACAAUUAAAGGAAAGAAAUCUUGUUCCAACAGUAUUCCCCUUACGAAGAUUCCAGAUUGCAUACCAGAAAUGAAGGUGCGGAAAAUUUUGAAGAAUGCUGAAGAUAGCAACCAUGAUUUACGCAAAGUUUGUUCUAACAAAUCUAUUCAAGAGCAUGGGUGCCUGUCCAUUUCAAACUCAGAUGCAUUCUGCUGUGUUUGUGGAAGGUCAAACCAAGAUGAUAUUAAUUGUUUAUUGGAGUGUGGUCGAUGUUUAAUUCGAGUGCAUCAGGCUUGCUAUGGUGUUUCCAAAAUACCCAAAGGCCAUUGGUAUUGCAGACCAUGCAGGACAAAUUCAAAAGAUAUUGUUUGUGUACUAUGUGGUUAUGGUGGUGGGGCCAUGACACGGGCCCUGCGAAGUCGCACAGUUGUGAAAGGCAUCUUGAAAGCUUGGAAUGUUGAAACAGAUUGCAGACACAAGAAGAUGAUUUCUUCUGCUGAAUCUUUACACAAGGAACCAAGUGUGUUGCAUUCCUCAGGCUCUGUACUUGAAGGGAAUUCAUUUCGUCUUGUACAACCUGUAAAUAUCAAGUCGUCAGCUAUAGCAGUGAGGAAAAUGGAUGUGGAAAAACAGUUGGAUUUUAGGAAGGACUCCCUUUGUUGUGUUGGUAAUUUAAAAGCACAUAAUAGCAUUACAGCAGGAGUGCUUGAUUCAACAGUUAAGCAGUGGGUUCAUAUGGUUUGUGGGCUUUGGACUCCUAGAACACGGUGCCCAAAUGUUGACACCAUGACUGCUUUUGAUGUGUCCGGUGCUUCACAUCCCAGAGCUAAUGUGGUUUGCUCUAUGUGCAAUCGGCCAGGUGGUUCAUGCAUAGAGUGCAGGGUUGUGGGUUGUCAUAUUCAAUUUCAUCCAUGGUGUGCUCAUCAAAAGGGUCUGUUACAAAGUGAGAUUGAAGGUGUUGCUAAUGAAAAUGUUGGUUUUUAUGGAAGAUGUGUUGUUCAUGCCACAUAUGCCACUUCUGAGUCUUACUGUGAUCCCAUUAACAGUGAGAUAGGUUGUCAGGGAGAAAAGGAGUUAACCUGUGCUAGGACAGAGGGUUACAAGGGUCGCAAGCAGGAUGACCACCAAUGUGAUCUUUAUGGUAAGUCAAAAGGCAAGGGCGGGUGCCUUGUUCCUCAGGAGCAGUUAAAUGCUUGGAUUCACAUUAAUGGGCAGAAGCCAUGCACACCAGGGCUCCCAAAGCUGACAAUAUCAGAUAUUGAGUAUGAUUGUCGGAAGGAAUAUGCUCGUUACAAACAAGCGAAAGGUUGGAAACACUUGGUCGUGUACAAGUCUGGCAUACAUGCGCUUGGUCUCUACACAUCUCGGUUCAUUUCCCGUGGUGAAAUGGUUGUUGAGUACGUUGGUGAGAUCGUGGGUCUACGCGUGGCUGAUAAAAGGGAAAAUGAAUAUCAGUCCGGGAGAAAACUUCAGUACAAAAGUGCUUGCUACUUCUUCAGGAUAGAUAAAGAGCACAUCAUUGAUGCUACCCGCAAAGGCGGGAUUGCUCGUUUCGUGAAUCAUUCAUGCCUGGUAAUGGUCUCACUUCUACAGUUCAAGCCCAAUUGUGUCGCCAAAGUGAUUUCUGUGAGGACCGAAAAGAAGGUUGUCUUUUUUGCAGAAAGAGAUAUAUUUCCUGGUGAAGAGAUCACUUAUGACUACCAUUUUAACCAUGAGGAUGAAGGUAAGAAGAUUCCAUGUUUUUGCAAUUCAAAAAAUUGCAGGCGCUAUUUGAACUGAGAUUCUAUAAAAUCCAAUUCCUUGUAAAAAGAAAUGUCAUUUUUUGAAAAACCAUUCACAUGGGUUGUCAACUUUUGGCCUCUGCUGGCAUGAAAUAGGAUUAGGUUGUAGUCCUGAAAUUUGAUUGUGGCCAGUAAAUAUACGCAAUUACAAGUGGAAGCUAUCCGAUCUUCAGGGAAUCUGAUGGUAGAUGUCCUAGUCAAUUUGCUUUUCUCUUUGGUGUUCAUGUGUGUUCGUGCAGUCAUUUUCAAUGCAAUUCACAGAAUGCCAAUGCUCAUUAUAUCUCUAUCAUUUGUAUUAAGUUCCUUUAUUCACAUUAAGAAAAUGUAUGUGCUUAAAUAAAUACUUCACAGAAGGAUAUACAAAAAAAA